AUGGCCGAAUUGCGCACUCCAAAGACACCCACCACACCUGUCCGUCCCGGUGUCGGCAGCAACUUUCAGUCCCGUUCGCCCUCCAUGCCGACCUUGUCGAGUACAGCUACAAGCCGCGCGAGGGGCGCUACGGAAUCGCAUCCAUCACCAGGCAUGGCGCGGGCUCGUCCCGGCAUGAACAGUGUUGCCAGCCUCAGCAGCCUUCCUACGCCAGGACGACGACCGCAGAGCAUGAUGGUGGGCGGGUCCUCUCCGAUCUCGCCCAGUGCCAGCACAUCGUUGUCCCGCCGUGCGCAUCUCAUGCGUGAGAUUGCAGCCACAGAACGGGCGCACGCGACCGACCUGGCGUUGAUAUGCGAGGCAUACCUACCCCUGGACGAGCCAGACUAUCGCCCCGAAUCGCACCACUCGUCCUCGAACGGCGGCGACUCCAUGUUGACAGACUCGACGCGUGCAGGCCUUCGAAGCUCGUCGUACGGUAGCCCCGCCGAUGACCCCCGACGGACCAGUGCGCACCAGGGUGAGACGUGGCGGACAAGCGGGCACGAGCGUCGUCUGAGCGGCAUGGAGUGGAACAGCGGUGGUACACCGCCGCCGCUGCCCAAGUCGUCGUUUAGCACCGCCGGCAGCCUGCACACCAAUGGGUCCUUUGAUUCGCUUGGCCCGUCGUCUGCCAGCGGCUCGCUCGUGACUGCCGCCGUGCUUCCCUCGCCGCGCUUCCCAUUGACCUCGUCAUCGUCGAGCAGUCCCGGUCCUGGCGCGUCGCGCAUGCUCCCUCCAGUGGGCUUGCCGCUCUCCAAGGCAGACAGGAAAGCCGUGUUCCUCAACAUCCGCGAGCUGGCCCUUGCGGCUGAUGAGCUCGCGACAGAAUUUGAGGACGCCCUCGGAACUGACGAGGAAACGCUUGUGGCGUCGGGCGGCCAGAGUGGCACGGAUCGUCUUGGCCAUGUCUUCUCGCGCAUGCUCCCACGCUUGGGCCCACUGUUCAUGUACUAUUGCCCGCGGCAGUCGGCAGCGAGCAGCCGGUUGCUCGAGCUUCAAGCCAACCCAAUGCACGCCGCGCACCUCAACGAAUGCUGGCAGCGCGUCAGGUCCCACACGCACGCUUGGAACCUCGAUUCAAUGCUCAUCAAGCCCGUGCAGCGCAUCACAAAGUAUCCCCUGCUGUUCGAGGACCUUUUGUCGUGCACCACCCCUGCGCACCCAGACUACUUUGCGAUCAGGCAAGCUGCGGAGGGUGCACGUGCUUUGGCUGGCGACAUUGAUGAAGCCAAGAGGCGCAAAGACGUCAUUACAAGCGUUAUCGGCAAAUCGCCGUCGACUGUCAGCCUCAUCAAGGAGCCAAAGAACGCACGAGCCGGUGGACGGGGCUUGCUCCUGAGUCGGUUCAAAAAGGACAGGUCUCCGAUGGCGUCUGGCGGUCCGAGCCCCGGCGACUCGACGUCGGCGCCGCAAGUGAUUUCGCCCUAUGCGCAGACCCAGCUCAGUGAGCUCGUCCAGCGGCUCGAGGAGAGUGAAAGCCUUGUCACCCGCCUGGGCAAAGAGAUUCUCGUGUGGCGCGAAAAGUGCCAGAUCGUCAUCAAGAACGAGGCCGACCUCAACAUCCACUUUCUCAACUGGUACACCCUCGAGGGCAAGAUCAAGAUGGACCCACAAACAGCCAAAGUCGCUGCGUACCAGGCGUUAAUCUCCGAGCUGGCCGCCACGGUCUGGAAGGAGAUGGAGGGCGAGGUGUGCGGUGGAACCAACCAAAACUCGCGUUCGGUCAUGCUCAUGCUCGGGACCUUGAUGGACGCUGUCAAGAAUCCCAAAAUGAUCAUUGACAAGCUCAACAAAAAGUCGGCCGACUAUGCGCGCUACGUUGCGUACGCGUCCGCAAAGAAGUCGGUCGAUCGCCCGCUCCUGCUCGAGGCGAGCGAGUAUGUGGCGAUCCACACACAACUGCUUGAAGAGCUGCCGGCCUUUUUGGAGGGCUACAAUCGCAUCCUGGAGAUUGCCGUUGCGGCGUUUGUGGGCGCGCAGGUGCGCUACUAUGGUGCCAUGCGCGACCGUAUCGUCAAGUAUACCGACAAGUUCCUCACGGUCCCGACCGACGAACAGGUCACCGACCGCGGAGACAUUUGCGAAGUCAAGCUCGACGUGUCGACCUUCCGUGGCAUCCACAAGGCGUGGAUCGACCGGUUCCGCGAACCACACAUGAUGAUGAAGAACUUGGAGAUUACGGGCGGUGAUGGAACACGUAUUCCCGCACCGCGCACCACCAGCUUUGGCACACGUCGGACGGCGAACACGGCCUCGGCCAGACCGAACAGCGGCAGCAGCCGCCCAAGCUCGUACGGCCAGCGCUCCAGCGUCACCUCGGAACUCGUCACCCCUCCAACACUGCGCCACACUCCGUCGCUGCACUCGACCCGUUCCGAGUCGCGCAGCUCGUCGGGUGCAGGUCGUCGCCGUUCGUCGUCGCUAGCCACGCCGUCCGAGACACGCCCCGACGCCGUGCGCGCCACCACUGGCGGCGACAUGCGUCCGCCCGAGACGAGUGCCCUCGCAGGCCUCAUCCGCCGGAACAGCUACAAGUCGAAGAACGGCAACAGCACCACGUCGAGCCUUACCUCUGGCAUGGCAAGCUUUGCCAACCGGUCAGUCACCAACCUCGGCCUGCGGCAAUCUGUCAAGCGUACAAAGUCGCAGACGCGCGCGUCGACGUUGUCGUCCCAGGCGUCCACCGAGGAGCACGAGCGGCACUCGUUCGGCCUGCCGCGCAUCACGCCCACGAGCGACCCCUUGUUCGACGCCCUCGGCCUGUCGGGCACGCCGAGCAAGGCCGGCACGCCCGUGCACGGCUACGCAGACAUUCCCGCGUCGCUCCUCGUCUCGCCCACCGAGCUCAACUUUGGCGGACUCGGACUGGGCACCAUGACCCCCCUGCAGCACACGUCGGCCAUCUACGUCGGCGACGACGCGGACCCGGGCGAGACAUGGCGCGACUCGCCGAUCCUGUACGCCUGCGCCGCAGUGGCAGACUUCAACCCGGCCGACUUGGGAAACCACCGGUUCCAGGGCCUCGUAUUCCUCCCGCUCGCCGCUGGCGACCUCGUCGACGUGUUCCACGAGAUUGGCCGCGUCGCGGACCUGCACGACUUUCCAUAUUCUCAGGUGGGCGUCGAGAACGACGGUGCGGUGGUGUGCCGUGCCGAAAACGGCCUCAUUGGCGUGGCCAUGUGCAGCUUCCUCGAGCCGCUGCGGACGUAG